UCUCGCGAGAGCAGAGUGGUACCGUCUUGUAACGUCAAGUGUGCGAACUGUCGUGAAAGCACAUCGACGGAGAAAGACGUGAGAAGGACGCUAAUAAGUCAGUCUUAUUAUUUGUUCUCCAGUUUGAAAUAUUUACGUCCUAUAAAAUACAUCUUUGAUUCUUUAUUCAAGGAUAAAAUGGUCUCGAUGCGCUAGAAGCACUUUGCCGUUUCUCGUGCUCGUUUAUUGUUAGUUAGCUUAGCUCUCUAGUUAGCUUAGCUUGUUAGCUGCUAGCAGAAGUUAUCAACACAUCGCUAAGUAGAGAUCAAGUGUGAGAGUAAAGUGUUGUGAUUGUGUGAAAAUGUCUACAUUACACAUGUUGAGAGCGUUGGUGGAUCAGCGACUAACUGCUGCCGUUGAAGAAAUAUUUGUAGUGUUAGAAAGAACGAUAGCAGAAUACGAGGCGGAACUUUCUAGAACAAAAGAGGAGAACAAUCGACCAAUGGACGCUGUUUUCAAGAAACAUCAAGUUGUGUUACACAGAACAGACGUCCAGCAGCCCCUUCACAUUAAAGAUGAAGAGGAGGAUCCACAGCCCACCCACAUUAAAGAGGAAGAGGAUGAUCCACAGCCCACCCACAUUAAGGAGGAAGAGGAGGAUCCACAGCCCACCCACAUUAAAGAGGAAGAGGAUGAUCCACAGCCCACCUACAUGAAAGAUGAAGAGGAGGAUCCACACAUGAAAGAGAAAGAGAAGGAUCCACACAUGAAAGAGGAAGAGGAGGAUCUACACAUGAAAGAGGAAGAGGAGGGAGAGUGUGUUGUAGGGCAGGAGGAGGAUGAUGUCAGCAAGUUUCCACUGACUGUUGUCUCUGUGAAGACUGAAGAGCAUGAAGACAAAGCACCUGAGUCCUCACAGCUUCAUCACAGUCCAAACGUCCAGCGGGUGUCAGCGGGGAGUCAUGGAGAGGAGUGGCACACCAGUGUGGGACAGAAGGAGCUACAGGCCCCCUCCCACAUUAAAGAGGAGCAGCUUCAUGAUGAAGAUGAAGCUCAGUCCUUCCAGCUUCAUCACAGUCAAAGUGAGGAGAACAGAGGGGCGGAGCUUGUAAGUCAACACAUCACAGAAGCUGAUGGAGAGCAUUGUGAAGAUAUCAAGUCAGAACCAGACAGCAUCUUUGCUCCACUGUCAGACAUGGACCACAUGAUGUCACACUCUUCUGAUCACAGUGACCACAUCCAAAAACCUUUGGACAGUAAAAAUGACUCUAAAGGUGAUACGAGACAUCACACUAACGACAAACACUUUGACUGCUCUGAAUGCGGGAAAUCAUUUAGAAAGAAGAGUCAUUUUACAGUACACAUGAGAACACAUACUGGAGAGAAACCUUUUACUUGCUCUGUUUGUAAGAAGAGUUUCUCCACAAAACCUAACAUGACCACACACAUGAGAACACACACCCGAGAGAAACAUUUUACUUGCACUGUUUGUGCUAAAAGAUUAAACACUAACAAAGACAUGACCACACACAUGAGAAUACAUACUGGAGAGAAACCUUUUACUUGCUCUGUUUGUAAGAAGAGUUUCUCCAGAAAGCUUAACAUGACCACACACAUGAGAACACACACUGGAGAGAAACCUUUUGCUUGUUCAGCGUGUGCUAAAAGAUUCAACACUAAGAAGGAGAUUAUAUUACACAUAAGAACACACACAGGUGAGAAACCUUUUGCUUGCUCUGUUUGUAAGAAGAGUUUCUUCUGUAAGCAUAGCAUGACCACACACAUGAGAACACACACUGGAGAGAAACCUUUUGCUUGCUCAGCUUGUGCUAAAAGAUGCAACACUAAGUAUGACAUGAAAUCACACAUGAGAACACACACUGGAGAGAAACCGUUUAGUUGCACUGUGUGUGAUAAGAUGUUCAGGUUUAAGAAGCAGGUCAGUAGACACAAGUGUGUAACAGUCAUGGAAGCUGCAGGGAUGUAAAAACACUUAAACAGUGAUUGUGCUAAAUGUAGUUUAAAAACACAGCAUGUUUAAUAAGAAUGUAUAUUUGAUGUUGUAUGUAGUGCUUCUCAUCUUCUAGUCUUAUAUGUUGUCCUAUAGUUACUUUUUAAGUUGUGUGCAUGUAUUGAAUAUUAUAUAUGUGGCUACUAUUUUAUUCUAUUAUCUCAUCUUUGAAGAGAGGACAUGUUAUUAGUUUCAUUUGGGGGUUUU